CCGAGACGAGAUCGUCUGUCAGUCGACACGCCACGCUCGUGUCCGCUACUCGUAUAGUCUCUAUCAUACUCGUAUUAACACAGGAGCAAAAUGGCUCCUUAUCGCGCAACGUUCAUAUCGCUUCUUUGUGUUUUGUCGGUGUCGGCCGUCGAUUUACCCAACGCUCUCUCCGACGACUUCAUUGAUCAGAUUAACUCGAGACAAAACUUAUGGAAAGCCGGCCGCAACUUCCCGGUAAAUACGCCUACUAAACAUCUAAAGAAACUCGUGGGCGUACUUGCGGAUCCCCACUUUGAGAAACUACCCAACAAGAUACAUGAUGCCGACGUAAUAGCUUCGCUUCCCGAGAACUUCGACCCGAGAGAUAAGUGGCCAAACUGUCCUACUUUGAACGAAAUAAGAGACCAGGGCUCUUGCGGAAGCUGCUGGGCCUUCGGCGCGGUAGAGGCAAUGACCGAUCGCGUUUGCACAUACUCAAACGGCACACAACAUUUCCAUUACUCCGCUGAGGAUCUUCUAAGUUGCUGCCCGAUCUGUGGUCUCGGCUGCAACGGUGGCAUGCCAACUCUCGCAUGGGAAUAUUGGAAACAUUUCGGUUUAGUAUCAGGAGGUAGCUACAAUUCGACUCAAGGUUGCAAACCAUACGAAAUUCCACCGUGCGAACAUCACGUACCUGGCAAUCGUAUGCCAUGCAGUGGUGACACCAAAACGCCGAAAUGUUUACGGACUUGCGAAGCUAGUUACAAUGUUCAGUACAAAAAGGACAAACAUUACGGUAAACACGUUUUCUCAGUGAGAGGCGGAGAAGAUCAUAUCAGAGCUGAAUUGUUUACGAAUGGUCCUGUCGAAGGUGCGUUUACGGUUUACUCAGAUCUGUUGCUGUACAAGAGUGGUGUUUACAAGCACGUACAAGGAGACGCUCUAGGAGGACACGCUAUCAAGAUACUUGGCUGGGGAGAAGAAAACGGAGUCAAAUAUUGGUUAAUAGCAAACUCCUGGAACUCUGACUGGGGUGAUAAUGGAUUCUUCAAGAUACUCCGAGGUGAAGAUCACUGCGGUAUCGAAAGUUCUAUAGUAGCCGGGGAACCAUUAUUAUCUAAUUAAUGGACAUCACAAUAUGUAUGUACAUACAUAAUAGUUGUUAUCAGGUUUUGGCUCAGUUUAAUUAAUGUAUUUACUUUCAUGCCAAAUAAGCUAACAUUAAUUAGUUAUGUUAAUGUACUGUUUAAGUAACAAUAAAUUGAUAGUUAAUAAGUAUAUUGUUUUCUUUCUUUACUAUGGAUAUUCAUUUGUUACUAUGCAAAUAUCUCUGAAUUGUCGACAACAACGCUCUCAAUAACAAUAAAAUAUGUCUAUUUUAGGUCAUCCGCAAUAUAAUGUUUAAUAAAUGAUGUCGAGUUCACCCCUGUCCAACUA